AUGCAAGAAUCAAAAGAACCACAAAAUAAAUUUGAAGGUUGUCAAAGAAUAUCUUCAUCUUCAUCCACACUCUUUGGAGGAACCUCCUUCGAGGAACCGAGAUGUGGAACAUCCCAAGGAAAGGAAGAAGACGCUUUCGCAUGCAAUAAUGGAGAUCACUGCUCGAGCAUAACGAAUGUUCAGGAAGAUGACUUUGUCCUUCCAGAACUAUUGCCGUCAUUCGAAAUGUAUGAAAAUUUGCUCAGCAAUAUACCUCAAUCUAGUUUCGAUACAUACUUUCCGGAGAAUCCACCUUUUUAUGAGGUUGCUUCCCGAAAUCAGAGUAUUCCUUCGGAAGGUGAGUCUGGGAAUGAUAUGCGGAUUCUUACCGGUGAUAUCGUUGGCCCAGAUAAUCAUGAAGUGACUGUUGAUGGCCGCCGGUUUGCUUCCGGCCCUGCUGAGUCUCAAAUUCGUAAUUAUGAUGAUACUAAAGGUAUCCCAGUUGAGAAUAUAUACGCAUUGCCUAGGAUUAAAACCCCCAUAGCGACUGAAUUGUACGUCACAAAGACGGCUCCAAAAUUUGGACAGCUUCCUAAACACGAGAGCAUGCUAAGGGAAUACACCUCUGGGGAUAUAAUUCACGGUUAUUUCACUGUAGAAAACAAAUCAACCAAACCUAUAAAAUUCGAUAUGUUUUAUUUAACUUUGGAAGGUACGACAAGUUCAAAAACACAGUCACCCUUUGGAAUCCAAAAAACGACAGAAAGAAUUUUGAGAAUGGUAGAUAUGGCAGCGAGUUGGUCAUAUAAUCAUGAAGACGUGAACACGGGGGAAGACCUUUGUGGAUUUUUUGACUCCAUUGAUAAAACAAGCUUUGGAUUACCGAAUAGCAGGAUACUAAAUCCAGGUGAUAAACGUAAGAAAUUUUUCACUUUUAAAAUUCCGAACCAGUUAUUAGACGUAACCUGUAAGCACGGUCACUUCUCUCACUCUCUUUUGCCCCCUACAUUAGGGUUUGAUAGACCAUCGAGUUCUCAUCCAGAGCUUUCUACUCUAAAAUUUUCGGAGAGUUUAGGUUAUGGUCGUUUGUCAGAAAGAGGUUCCUCACUAUGGUUAAACGACAGUUCUAGUGGCAGCUUAAUAAAUUACUCAAUAAAUGCUAUGAUAGUAGGCAAAGACGUAGCUUCUGGGCGUGUUUGUUUAAUGAGUGAAAAAAAGUAUAGCAUAAGGAUAGUUCCAUUUGGCUUUCAAAACAAUCCAAUUAGUAGGGAGAAGUGCCUCAAAGACUUAGAGGAUUUCGAUAUUGAAAUUGCAAACAGGCUUGGAAUGAUCGAAAAAGUCUUUUCUAAAAUAGAGCGAGCGAUUCCCAUUCAUAAGGAGGACAUACAGGAGGCGAAUCGCUCUGAUCAACUAUCACCCCUAAGAGGUAAGUAUGAAUGGAACGCGGUAGCUGGAAAUACUGAAAACGGAACACUUAAAAAGAAACACUAG